AUGCAUCUUGAGGAACCGAAGAACGUGCAUCCAUUCUUCAGCAAAUCUAAUAAAGCACAAAUCCAAGAGCCACCUGCCGACGACGCUGCUACAAAUCACGACGAUGCGAACGAUGACGAGGACUACAGCGUGCAGAACACGGGCCUGAAGGCCUCCAAGCCCCGAAAGAAGCGCACAAGAAAGGCGACCCACGCAAAGAAUCAACCGUCGCUGGAGAGAUUUGCUCGGCGGCCUGCUCAAUCCAACGAGGUGGACGUGAAGGCCGGUGGAAACGGACUGACAGAGGCAACAUUGGAAGAGGACCCGAACUUGGACCGCAGGAAGAGAAGGAAGACUGCUUCGCCAAAGCCUACAACAUAUGCAAUCGAGACCGAUGCAGACCAGAUUUCAGCAGGCUCGGCCCCAGAUUUGUUCCAGCAACUGCAGGCGGAGGCUGGAGGGACUCAAGAGGUCAUAGGCGAUAUCAUGGUUGAUGCACUGGUCGUGAAUUCACCCAAAGGACAAGCACUCAAGUCUUCGCCGCCUGUCGCCGAGGAACUUGAAGAGGCUGUGCCCGAAUCAUCCCUCCCACAAGCAGCGACGAACGAGUCACGGUCCGUAACGCCACCAACUGCCGUUCCAGACGUCACGCAGACUGGCAACGGAAACGUCCCUUCCGAAGCUGCUGAUAACGCGGCGGCCAAAGUAACCCCGAAGAAGCAGAUCAAGGUCACAAAGUCCGGCAAGCUGGUGUCCAGUCCUCCAAAGAAGUCUGAUCUGCCAGUGUCGACAACACCGAAGCGAAGGGGCCGUCCGCGAAAAGUAGCAAGAAACGCCAACCUCUCCUCCACCAUCACUGUUAUUAGAUAUGGUGCUGAUCAGGCAUCGAGAGUUGCCCUCGGCCAAAAGAUUGAUGCCAUCCUCAACGGUGGCACGGCUUUUGCUAAACAAGUAUCGAUUGCUCCGCCUAAACCUGUUGGAUGGUCCAAACCAGCUCACCCCUUCUUUAUAGGCAAAGCUGGUCAGAACAAGGCUGAAGCGCCCCUGAAGCCGGAAGCCGAACGCCGACCUGUGAACCCCAGGAAGAGUGCUUGUACGCCGGGAAAGCUGAGAGCCGAGAGGUGCAAGGAACAAGAUGACGAAGAUAUGCCAGCCUUUGGCAUGUCGUCCAAGAACACUCGGCUGGCCAGGCAAUCCGGCUUGCACGAGCCUUUGUGGCCCUCGAAAGAAAUUGUGCAUGUACGAAAUCUCGAUACUGAUGGCGUCGAUGGGCCGCACCUACAAUAUCCAGCGACAUUCUUGACUUUGAGGCCUGCGAAGUUAAAGAACAACGUCGACGCGCUUUCUGACGAAGAGGAGAUAAUCUCUAGAUUGACUAGCCAAUUGUCAGAAGACAUGACAAUAGAACGGAAUCCGACCGACCUGGACUUUGCACCACCUGAGGAUGUGCGGUUGCCGACCCGCUUGCUAACUACGGGUAUCGACAUCCAACACAGGGUGCGCGCUCAGAUUCGAGCACCAAUCGAGACUCUGUCACAGCGACUGUAUGCCAAGACACAUCCAGCAAUCACUACGCUGUUCGACGAAAUCGAGCAUACACUUACACCCUUCGAUGAGGGCAGGUGCGAGCCCCAAGCGUGGGCACAGAAGUACAGACCAUUGCGGUCGGACCGUGUGCUGCAGCUAGGCAAAGAGGCAUUUGCACUCAGAGACUGGCUGAAGAGCUUGACCGUACUGGCCGUGGGUACCGCGCAAGACCCAUCGAAGAUCAGUGCAUCGCUAGACACGAAGAAGCCACCUAAGAAGAAGCGGAAAACGGCCGCAGAUGACUUCAUUGUCUUCUCGGAUGAUGAAGAUGAAGAUGGAGAUGAGGAGAUGAUCCAACUCGAGCCAGACACAGGGGCUGCGCAUCCCUCAAUCAGACGACCGCGGUGGACAAGGAACAAAAACGUCGUCCUUCUUAGCGGGCCUCAUGGAUGCGGAAAGAGUGCCUCGGUGUACGCCGUAGCAAAAGAAUUGGACUUCGAGGUUUUCGAGCUCCAUUCCGGCGUUCGGCGUUCUGGCAAGGACAUCCAGGACAAAGUCGGAGACAUGACUGCUAAUCACUUGGUCAACCAUCAGCAAGGUGAUGUAAUAGUCAAGCCAAAGCCUAUCUUGAUUGCCAUGGACAACGAUACAGAUAACGAACGCGAAAGAGCAUUCCAAAAGGAUCUUGACAGUGGAAGGCAAGGCACGAUGACUUCAUUCUUCACAGUGAAGCCUGCAGUAAAGGCGAAGCCAACACAGAAGUCAAGGGUACCGGUCUCAGUGAAAUCACCCAUAAAGACUAGGAUGAUCCCAGCAGCUCAAGCUAUGCUGCCAAUAGUAGGGGCAUCGCGCAAGUCGCAAAAGCAGUCGCUCAUCCUCAUCGAAGAGGCAGACAUCCUUUUCGAAGAAGAUCAGAACUUCUGGGCACAUAUCAUCAAGCUGGCUGCGCAGUCAAAGCGACCUAUCGUCAUCACUUGUAAUGACGAACUGCAUGUACCCACGCAGGCGUUGCCAAUGGCCGCUAUACUGCGCCUUACACCACCUCCCACUAAGCUCGCGACUGACUACCUACUGGCACUAGCAGGGAGAGAAGGCCACAUACUGCGAAGACAAGCCGUCACCGACUUGUAUAUCUCAAAGAGCCACGAUCUCCGAGCCAGUAUCUCCGAGUUGAACUUCUGGUGUCAGAUGUCGGUGGGCGACAAGAAAGGAGGUCUGGAGUGGAUGUACCAGCGGUGGCCGCCAGGCAAAGACGUCGAUGCCAAUGGUCGUCUGCUGAGAGUUGCAAGCGAAGACACAUACCAGUCGGGUAUGGGCUGGCUGUCCAACAAUGUGUUCGAGUCGAAGAACAACCUUGCCUUUGACAAGGAAGAAGAGCUGCUGACAGCAGUCUGGAACGACUGGGACAUCAGUCCCACGUCUUUGGGCGCUGACAACCAGCCCGACAGCGCUCAUGACGACUCUGACGACGCAACUCAGCAAACACGCCUCACAGAGCUUAACCGUCUAGUAGCCUUCUCUGACGCCCUCAGCGCCGCAGACAUCUACGCCCGCAUUGACCUACCAGGCUACGAGACCCCGCACAGCCAACCCAUGGAUCCCACGCUCCCCCCGAUAACCGACAAAGAGCGACUGAGCUACACCACCAACGCACCUCUCCUCCAAGUCGACCCUGUGAUCGACUUCCUCGGUCUCGACACUGCACUGGCGACUACAACACAUACGCUGACAUCCCGCUUAUUCGCCAACCACGCAACGUCUCGCACAGACAGUGCGCCGCGACCUCCAAGCCUCUCGCUCGAGCAAUUUUACACCCAGACCAUCCUCGCCCACAGAACUGCCACGUCCUCGCAACCCCUAUCCCGCUCCUCCUUCUCCUGUCUCGACGUCCUCGCUACCCCUUCAUCGCCGUUUAACACGUACCCCGACAUCGACAACCGCUCCUCGUAUAUUCUCCAUUCGACAUCCAUCGACCUGCCCUUCCGUCUCCUAACAGCGGAUAUCGCGCCCUACGUGCGUAGUAUCGUGGCCUACGAACAAGUCUUGGAAUCGCAGCGCAUACGGCUCGGUAAUUUGCUGAGUGAGGGUGGAAGGGGAAAGAGGGCGCGGACUACAAAGGCGAGUCGGACCGCGAUGGAGGGCGGGGAGCGACAGUCGAAGCGACGCGAGCGCUGGUUCCACCGCGAUCUCAAUUUCGAUUUGGUCAUGUGCACGGCCGGGAGUGGAUGGGCGGGAAUGGGGUGGAAAAUCGAAUGGGUGGAGGACGGGAGUGUGAUGGGGACACAGCAGAGUGAGAGUUUGGCGAGGACGCAGAGGAGCACUGAUGAUCAUGGUGGAGAGAUGAUGGUUGAUGCCGAGGCGGAUUAG